UCCUACUUGUAGCCAGAGAGCUAACGGUUCAGUUGAUAAAAAAAAUCGGUGGAUGAAGUCAUAUUGAAUAUAUAUUUCCAGAGAAAUAUAUUCAGUGGACACAUAUCCAAUACAUAUAGUCAUAAAUUUCCUUAGAAAUGUGCUUGCUGCUUGGAGCCACCGGCGUUGGAAAGACUCUGCUGUUGAAACGGCUGCAGAAUAUCCUUUAACAUUUGCGGUAUGGAGCCACCGAUUUGGGGGAACCCCCCGCGACGCUGCCCACUGUGGGUACCAACCUGACGGACCUGAACCUGAGGAAGAGAAAGGUGACAGUGAGGGAGCUGGGGGGCUGCAUGGGCCCCAUCUGGCCCAGUUACUACAGCGACUGCUCCUCCGUCAUAUUCAUGGUGGAUUCAGCCAACGUCCAUCAGGUGGCGUCCUCCUGCAUCCAUCUGCUGUCUGUGCUCUCUGCUGAGCCGCUCCGCAAUGCCUCCAUCCUCCUGCUCUUCAACAAAACGGACUUACCCUGCCCCAUGACCCUUGUGGAGAUGAAGUCACUCUUCAGGAUGGAUGACAUCAUAGCCUCUGCCUCACAACCAAUCACAAUGCUGGAGCUGAGUGCACACUCUGGGCAGGGUCUUGUGGAAGUUCUGCGCUGGCUGGACUCCAACGCGAAGGAGUGACAUCAGCCCGUGACAAGCUGCCUCAUUCUGCAGCUCUCUGUGAUGUCACUGCUGAAUUCAGGAGUCCUGCGGCCACCCUUGUUCUGCAGCUCUCUGUGAUGUCACUGCUGAAUUCAGGAGUCCUGCGGCCACCCUCGUUCUGCAGCUCUCUGUGAUGUCACUGCUGAAUUCAGGAGUCCUCCGGCCACCCUCGUUCUGCAGCUCUCUGUGAUGUCACUGCUGAAUUCAGCAGUCCUGCGGCCACCCUCGUUCUGCAGCUCUCUGUGAUGUCACUGCUGAAUUCAGCAGUCCUGCGGCCACCCUCGUUCUGCAGCUCUCUGUGAUGUCACUGCUGAAUUCAGGAGUCCUGCGGCCACCCUCGUUCUGCAGCUUUCUGUGAUGUCACUGCUGAAUUCAGGAGUCCUGCGGCCACCCUCGUUCUGCAGCUCUCUGUGAUGUCACUGCUGAAUUCAGGAGUCCUGCGGCCACCCUCGUUCUGCAGCUCUCUGUGAUGUCACUGCUGAAUUCAGGAGUCCAGAGCCAGCCUCCUGCAGCUCUCUGUGAUGUCACUGCUGAAUUCAGGAGUCCAGAGCCAGCCUCCUGCAGCUCUCUGUGAUGUCACUGCUGAAUUCAGGAGUCCAGAGCCAGCCUCCUGCAGCUCUCUGUGAUGUCACCCUGGGCUGCCAGAGUCUGAGUGGGUCUGCUGCAGCUGCCAUGACUUCCCCACGAGCAGCAUACUCUACUGUUCCAGCAGAGGAACAUGGAACUGUGGUAAAACGACUGGCCAGCAGGGGGCAAGCAUGGAUAACGUUUAGGCAACACAAUGAGGUAAAACUGAUAUAGU